GAUCAAUGAACCAGCUGACGUUUCAUUAAAUUCUAAUCAGUUGUGUGUAGUAACAAACUGUUGUUCCUUCGUUCGAUUGUGUGCUAGCGUAAAUAUCAAUAACCCAUUCAAUCUGUUUCUCAUUCUUUGUUCGUCUUCACCAAAGUGCACAGCAGUUCAUUAAUUAACUUAUGCUCAACAUUACUACACUCUUGUUGCAUGACUGAAGGUCUUUAAAUUUUAAAGUAACUGCCUCCAAGGUUGAACUAUCCCCGAAAAUGUCCCAGGAAAAGUUUGAUUUGACCAAGGUCCACGAGUGCUUCGAUCGGUGCUUGGCCGACCCGAUUGAUCCGGAUGAUGUUCUUGUCGACGCUUACCUUGAGGCCUUCAAGGAACUUUACAAGUUCUUUUCCCUGAUGGGAACCGUUUUUGGCUUCGUCAGCAGUGACGUCAAGGAAAAGGUCGAGAUUCUGGAAAAGCACCGCCAGCAGCCGAACGCCGAAAAGUUCGAAACGAUCAAACGGAUGAUGGAAUACGAACGGGACGCGGAGCUGCUCGCGAAAAAGGACUACGUUUCGGGCAGUCGGACACUUUUACGGCUUCACCGGGGCUUAGAUUUCAUCUACGUGUUCCUGAAGCGGCUCGGCGAGUUGGCCAACCCGGACGAUAAAACAAACUGCGUCUGCCAGACGUCGUACAACGAAACGUUGGCUCAUUUUCACCCCUGGUUGAUCCGGAAGGGUGCCACGGUGGCGAUGUACGCGCUACCAAACCGGGACCAACUGCUGGAGAAGGUUUGCGUGGACGCCGCCACCGCGAUCCAGAAGCUGCCCGAGAUGCUGGUCGUUGCGCGGCAGGUUUACGACCGGACGCAAGAUCUGUACACCAAGUACGAUCUGCACGGGCUGCCGUAAGCGGGGUGAACGAUGCGUACGCUUAUUGUGCUUUUAUUUUUUUUCUGUUUUGUAAAUUUGUUUCCAGUAGUUGUGCAGCACUUGUGAUAGUUUAAAGUAUUCAUGCGAAGAAUGAUUUUAUAGUGAUUGUAAAUUUUUUAUGUUAUACCUGAUUAUGUUUGGUUUAGUAAAAAUAUUCGGCACACCUGAUUAAGUA